AGCAGUGUGAAGAAGAGGCGAGAGCGACCCCUGGACCGACUUAAAGCCAGCGCGCCACUGCAUCCCCGUGUCCAACGCCUACGUCCCGCCGCCGCAGCCACCAUGCCCAAGAGAAAGGCUGAAGGGGAUGCUAAAGGAGAUAAAGCCAAGGUGAAGGACGAACCACAGAGAAGAUCUGCAAGGUUAUCUGCUAAACCUGCUCCUCCAAAGCCAGAGCCCAAGCCUAAAAAGGCCCCUGCAAAGAAGGGAGAGAAGGUACCCAAAGGGAAAAAGGGGAAAGCUGAUGCUGGCAAGGAUGGGAAUAACCCUGCAGAAAAUGGAGAUGCCAAAACAGACCAGGCACAGAAAGCUGAAGGUGCUGGAGAUGCCAAGUGAAGUGUGUGCAUUUUUGAUAACUGUGUACUUCUGGUGACUGUACAGUUUGAAAUACUAUUUUUUAUCAAGUUUUAUAAAAAUGCAAAAAAAAAAAA